GUGACCAAUCCAUUUGAUUGGAUUUUAUUCAAAUUUCCAGGUCCAUUUUAUCCUGCAACUCCAUAUAUAAAAAAUCUAAAUUCUAGUCAUAUAUGCAAAGUAUUGAGCUUGAUAUAUGUUUACACUUCUGUGUGUGAAGCUUACUGCUGUUCACAGAUCAAAAAGAAAAAAAGAAAAGAAAAAAAGAAGCAUAUAAAUAUUUUUGUUGGCAUUGAAUUCAUGUAUAAACAAUUUUCCGUAAGAUUUUUUAUUGGACAUUCCAUAAAAGACCAUCCCUUUUCCUUCUGGGACGACUUCUAUAAAUUUGGCAUUUUCAUUCCCAUUCCAAGCACAUUCAUAGCCUCCAACUCUUAUACCAAACACCAUUUUGCAUCACUAGAUUUCUACUCUCCUGCCCUAGAAAACAUAUGGAUCCCAAAGGUGUUCAAAAUGGUUUCGAAAUGACCAACUUUGAUCAACAUGAAGCCAAUCUAGGAGGUACGGAUUGUUUGGUGGACCUCACCCUGAGGCUAGGAAUACCAUCUUCCGACAAAAACAAUGAUCAACAAUCCCAUACUGCAAAUGGUUCUUCUACCUCUCAGGCCGUCGAUAGGUCUAGCCUCAAGAAUCUCAACGUUAAUGGAUAUAAGCAAUAUGAAUUUCCAGCUCCACCGGAGUUGAAGAAUUACUGCAUAAUAAACAUAUCCAACAGAAGAGGAAAAACUGGUGGCUCGAGAAAGAGGAAGACUACUGGACGCCGUCCUGCUAAAGUUUGUGAUAUCGAUAAAACCUGCACCAACUAUAACUGUCGUGUUACUGAAUCUCCCAUGUGGCGUACUGGUCCCCUUGGCCCCAAGAGUCUUUGCAAUCGAUGUGGGAUCAGGUUCCGAAAGAUCAAGCAAAAAGAAGAAACAGAGCAGCAGGCUGCGGAAGCAGCUUUCAAACAGCUUCAUGCGGUCUCCAAGCUUUAG